CUCAAAUUAAACCAAAUCACAACCUUUCUCAUAUUGUCCAAAUUAGAAUACAUUCCAAAAAAUGAAGGUGAAGAUAGAAAACACUAGGCUCGUUAAGCCUUUGUAUCAAGGCACCACACCUCGCACAUCGGAUUAUGUGCCCUUAUCAGUCUUUGACAAGGUCACGUAUAACCAACAUAUAGCCGUGAUAUACGCUUACAACCCUCCCACCCAAUCGAAUGCGGCCAUCGAGUUAGGGCUCCGAAAGGCGUUGGCGGCCUACCGCGCGUGGGCGGGGAGGUUCGGUGAAGAUAGUGGCGGGAACCCCAUCAUUCUUCUGAAUGACGGGGGCAUUAGGUUUGUGGAGGCGUCCGUCGAUUACGCCCUUGAUCGUACCAUGCUUCUCAAACCGUCGCCGUUCCUGUUGAGCCUACACCCUGACCUGAAGGGUGUAGCGGAGCUCGUGCAGGUUCAGCUCACGAGGUUCUCGUGCGGCUCGAUGGUGGUGGGGUUCACCGCCCACCACCACGUGGCGGAUGGGCACUCAUCCAGCAACUUUCUAGUUGCAUGGGGCCAAGCCACCCGGGGGCUCAGGAUUAGCCCCCUCCCGUUUUACGACCGUAUGAUAUUCCCCCCACGAAACCCUCCUAAAAUUGAGUUCCAACAUUGUGGGGCGGAAUACAUACCUAGGAACUUCAAAAAAACCUACCCGAUGAUCGACUAUAACAUAGACGACGUCGUGAUACACAAAGUUCAUUACAACGCAGAAUUUAUUUCGAAGCUCAAGGCCAAGGCUUCCACCAACACCAAAAGAUUCACCACUAUUGAGGCCCUCUUGGCCCAUCUUUGGAGAGCCAUAACUAGGGCUCGAGCCCUAAACCAAUCCGACACGACCAGAUUACGUAUCUCAGUCGACGGCCGGUCGAGGCUAAACCCUAAGGUGCCAAAUGAGUAUUUUGGCAACUUAGUGCUAUGGGCAUUCGCUACAACCAAAGUGAAAGACCUUCUCCACGAGCCGCUCUCAUACGCGGCCAAGCUUUUACACGAGGCGAUCAUUAAGGUGAACGACGACUACUUCAAAUCGUUCAUCGACUAUGCCAACCACGAGGUGAAGGAUGAGGUCCCGAACACAGAAUCGUCGUUUGAUCCAAUUCUUUGGCCGAAUCUGGAGGUGGAUAGUUGGCUUAGGUUUCCAUUCUACGACCUCGAUUUCGGAUGCGGCGGGCCGUACAUUUUCAUGCCGUCUUUCUCCCCGGUGGAAGGGAUGGUGUUCCUUUUGCCUUCAUUCUUGGGAGACGGAAGCAUAGAAGCCUUUGUUCCUUUAUUUCAACAAAGUUUGACAACCUUCAAACAGAUUUGCUAUUCUCUUGACUAGGUUGCUGGAAAAGGACAAAACCCUACCUAUAGACUUUUUAUUGUCCCAAUUUGAAUCUUGCAUGCUACACAUUAAUUAUAUUUAUUUAUUGUUAUAUGAUUUCAUAUGUAGUCUGGUUUAUUGAAAUUUUAUAUUGUUUAUUUUCCCA